AUGGAGGAAAUACACUACACCAAGCGCACGCGACAGGCCUGUGAGCCUUGCAGGCGGAAAAAGUCACGAUGCCCUGGGGAAAAGCCAGAAUGCUCGUAUUGCCAACGGCUCGGUCAGCAAUGUGUCUACAAAGCUCAAGCUGUCAGCUCCGGCUCCGGCUCCGACCCCACAGACGCUCAAGUUAGACAUAAUCGAAAACUAGUGAGAAUUGAUAUGUUGAACGAUAAUUUUAGUAUUUCUUCGACUGACGCCAUAUUGCUUGGAAAUCUUGAAGGCCAGAUGAGCCGAUUAAUCCAACAGCUCAGUCCAGAGAACUUGAAUUUUCGCCAAGCCUCGGCUCCUUCAGAUCAACUGCCAUCACCUGAAGCGAGUCGUUUGUCAGACACGGGCCCCGCCAGAGAACUCGAAUCAACUCCAAGUAGCGGAACAUUCACGGACGAUGAACUCAAUGACAUGGGGCGCUUAUACCUGACCUGGUGUCAUGGACAGCCCAUCUCUCUAUUCGACGAAUCAUCGUUUCUCAGUUCUCUCAAAUUCCGAGACCCAGAGCUCUUAUGUGCAAUUGGAGCACUAACCGAGAGAUUCCCCCCUAGAUCACUGACUGAUCACAGCAAGGAGUUAAUGGAAUCUCUUUCUCAAAGAUCCAGGAGGGCCGUAAUGGACAAGAUAGCUAACGGCGAGGUGCAGCUUUCCACCUUACAAAUAUGUCACUUCAUAUGUUCCCAUAUUCUGAUCCUUGUUAGACUCACAAGAUCUAUUGCAGGCGGAAAAGUAACUCAAGCUGGUCUAAAUAUCGUCAUGGCUGAUCACAUCAAAGACACUGCUCAUUGGUUGGAAACGGACAGCCAAGACAAUGAGAGAGAGAAAUGUUUUAGAAGCAUCUCUGUACUCAAAAAAUUACAAAGCUCUGUGCUGCCUUCUAUCAAAAAUAUGGUGCCUUCAUCAUUAUAUCCGUGCGAUGUCGCGGAUCGAGUUGACAGGGCUUCACAGGUACAUAGGGACGAUGGCAUCCCUUUCUACGCUGAAAAGCUGUGUGAUGUAUGGCAGAUGGCGAGAGCAUAUGCUGCUUCACAAGCAAAUGCAAAUGAUCCACCACCAUGGGACUCUAGGUCGGAGUUUUCCGAGGUAAUGAGCCGGCAUUUGGAACUCGAUUGCUUGAUCCCAGUCAAAUACCGCUUCCGCUUAAACAACAUGGCUGAGUACGACAGCGAGACGUUGCUACAGAACCGUGGAUAUUGGGCAAGUUUCCUUUUUAUCCAAUUCGUGUACUCUGCCAUUCCGUGUCUUCUCAAUCACCCAUUCCUACUAUCUCUGCGCCUACGCCACUUUCGACACACAAUCCCAGAAAGUUUUAUUCAGCAAUCCUAUGAGCAGUUAACGCGGUUCAUGGGUUGGAUCAUUUACUUCAUAGAUCUACUGGAGAGAAAGUCUUUCCAGGUUUCUGAUCCUGUACUAGCGCAUUGCGUUGUUAUUGUGUCAACAAUUCAUCUUCAGCAUAGCUUUGUGGAAGAUACAGUCCUACAACGGAAGGCAUCCAGAGGAUUCGAAAAAUGCCUUCGCUUUCUCAAGCGUAUGGGGCAAAUGUGGCCUUCUGUAGCUCUUAUGGUUGAAAACCUGAAGAUGUUGCAAGGUAGCGUAGUAUGCUUGCCGCCAGAAGCAGCUGGCCAGGAGAGGACCAAUGCGUCUGGCGAACCUUCUUUCUCAAUCAAUGCUCGACUACUCUGGGAUGUUCUUAUAUAUGACCGCGCGGGGCAACUUAAUGCGAGAGCUGACCACUCUAUGCUGGGAAGCACCUUGAUCUCAAAAACGCCCGAAAAAGGAGCUGAGGCUCGCGUUGCGGAUGAAGACUUUGACUUGAUUGGUUCGGCAGGCCUGAGUGGCCAUAACCUAUCCUCCCGAUAUGAAAAUAUUCUUGACUUGAACGAGGAUAACUUAGACACGACGCCACAUGCCAUCACUAACAUGGCAAUCACGAUUGGGGAUGUUAAUUUAGAAGGAGUUGGUGGAUAUGGCAACGAGGAAAGUAUGUUUUUGGCACAUGAUUACGGGAGGGCGAUCGGCGACUGGUUUGAUUUCGAUGCCAUGUAG